AUUAACUCAAAACAAAUAAGAAAAAUGUAGAAAUUGCUGACGUGGCAGUCACAAAUCCGCAUUAAAUAUAUUUAGAAUAAAAAGGUAGAACAAAAUAUCACAUUCCAUAAUUAAAAAAAAUCACAAUCAAAACAACCACAACGACAACACCACCACCGUCAAAAAGCAAUGCAAAGAAAUAAAAGAAACCCGAACCCAAAGGCAUAAUUAGAAUUAGAAACAAUGAAACAUUUAUUUAUUUUUAAUUAAAUUUUAAAAUAAAAUCAGAUUAGACACAAAACAAAAGUGUUUAUAACUCUUCCACAUGUUUAGUGAUUUUAAAAAAGAAAAAAAAACCCAAAUUGAUAAAUUCCACUCAUCAUAUCUUCCAUAAAGUUCUUUGAUUUACAAAUCCAGAAAUAAAAACAAAACAAAAAGUAUUGGAAGAAAAAAAAAGGAGCCGAGAAAUUAGCCCAAUGUCUUGGCUCAUCAAAACUCUCCGAUCAGACGAUCCGCGAGAGACCACGUCACCUCCGUCGGCGGAGAAUCCUGCCGGCGUAAAGGAGGACUUGUCGGUGAUCGGCCAAAGCAUCGGCCGGCAACUCCGCGGUGUGGCGGCCUUUCUUGCUCCUCCUCCUCCUUCUCCUUCACAGCCAACCACCGCUGCCGAGGAUUCGCCAGAAUCGGAGAAUGAGUCACUGGAUUUGGCCGGGAUACGGAGCGAUCUGGCGGAGAUCGGCGGGAGCUUCAAGAGUGGCCUUAAUCUUCUGUCUAGUAAUAGUAACAGAGCGGUCAGUGGGAUUUCUAGGUUGGCUUCGACCUUGUUGCAGUUUCAGGAUAAAGCAGAAUUAGAAGAUGAUGAUGUAGAAGAAGAAGAAGAUGAUGAUGAAUAUGGUGGUGGUGUGCCUGGGAUUACGGACGAAGUUCUUCAGUUCGUGACUGAGAUAUCGAAGCGACCCGAAUGUUGGAACGAUUUUCCUCUACAACUCGAUCAUGAGUUCAGCAUGUCUGAAGCACAGAGAGAACAUGCCUCAACAAUUGAACGAUAUAUUCCUGAAUUUGCUACACUUAGGCUAAGGCUUUGCCGCUCGAUGAGCCAAGAAAUCUUUUGGAUGGUCUAUUUUAUAUUGUUGGUUCCCAGACUAAGUGGACAUGAUUUUGAGCUUCUUUCCACUCCCAAGAUUGUUGAAGCAAGAGAUGUACUGCUGCAGAAGCUUCAAAAGAACAGGGAAGCACAAGCAGAGACCUCUGAGGUUCUGAAUGCAUCUCAAGAUAGUACACAAGUUAGCGAAAAAGAAGGGAAGGAUAAUCCAUCUUCAAAAGUCAAUGAAAAGUUUGAAGUUUUGGAUAAAGAACAGCCAGAGGACAAGGAAAUUGUCCACUCAAGCAAUUCAGCAGCAGAUACUGCCUCUUUAAAGUUUGAAACUGAAGAUGAUAUCUCAUUCAGUGAUCUAGAGGAUGAUGAUAGUGAAGUUUCUCGUAGGUUAUCAAACAGUAGGCAAGCUCAGCACGUCAGAAGUUCUUCGCCUAAUGAAUCUAAUGAUUGGGUUCAGCUAAGUGAAAGUCCAGAGGCUAGAAAAAAGUCCACCCAAUCAAGGGAGAAAGAUUCAGAAGGUGAGGAGUCAAGUGACUGGCUUAAUGUUGAUGACUUUGACUAAACGAUCUGGUACUUUUAUAAAUUGCCAUAUUCUUGUAAAGUGUUUUUUUUUUCUUUUCCUCUGUGCUGCAAAGAAUCAGCUUUUACAUAAAACUAGUGUUAAAUAAAUAAUUGAAUCAUGUUUACUUCCAAAAUCUUCUACUAUUAAUGGCAUUGAUUUAGAUACUGUGGCGUUUA